AUGACCGCGCUGACCUCGAUUUUCUCCGUCAGGUCGACCUCGCCGCCGCCGGCCGCUCCCCAUCGGAACUCCCCCACCAGGUUAGCCACGAAGAACUCCAGAUGGAGCAGAGCGAGGCUCAUCCCGGGGCAGAUCCUCCGUCCCCCGCCGAACGGCAUCAUCUGGAUGUUCUUGUUGCCGGUGAUGUCCACACCCUCCCCCUCGCCGCCAGGGAGAAACCUCUCCGGCCGGAAUUCCAGCGGAUCUGGCCACAUUUCCCCGUCCAGGUGCAUCUUAACCACCGCGAAACCGACGCUGGUGCCCUUAGGGAUGGUGUACCCGCCAAGAGAGAUCUCAUGCGUUGUGGCGGGGGGAAAGGGGAGUUGAGCCGACGGAUGGCGCCGGAGCCCCUCCAGGACAACGGCCUUCAGGUACGGUUUCUUCUGCAGGUCAUCCUCCGUGUUCGCGCCCACUUCCUCUGCCAGUCUUUCCUGCACGAUAGGGUGCUUGACGACGUUCGCCAUGAUCCACUCCAGCGCCGAGGUGGUGGUGCUGGUGCCGGUGGUGACGAACUCGGAGAAGAGAGCGAUGAUCUCCUCGUCGUUUAGCUUCCUCCCCUUCUCCUCCAGGAUCUCAAGGUCCAGGAGGGAAUCCAAGUAGGAGUAGCGGAAGCUGUUCUCCCCAGGAACACCAGAUUCCUUCUGUUGGCGCCGAGAUCUGAUCAGAGUGAGGAAGAUCUCCCUCUGCCGCUCCCGGAGCUGGAGAAGAUGGUUCCACCUCCCCCUGAAUAAAUAUCUAGUGAUUUUGGGGGUGAACUCGAAGACACUGAAAUUCCCGAAGAAGCGUACCACAUCCCUCUGCACGGCCUCGAUCUCUCUCACGGCCGCCUCCUCCAGCUUCUCGCCGAUGCAAAGGAAGACCAGCAGGGAGAACAUGGCGUACUGGAAGGUCUCCUUGA